AUGGAUGUCUUUAAAAUUCUCAAAACUUAGGGAACUAAUGUAGACAUUUUAAAUUUAGAAUCUAAGUAUUCAUAACAUUUAUCUAUUAAGAUAAAUCUCAAAUUUAGAAGAACUCCUCCCAUAAUUAGCAAAUUUUAGCAAUUUAAAACAAGUACUUAAUUAAUUAUAAAAAUUAAGCUUAAUUUAAAUGGAAAUCGUUUAACUUCAUUACCAGAUGAUUUAGGAUUAUUAGAUACUGUUGAAGUAUUGUGUUUGACAAAUAACAUCUUUACUGAAGUACAAUUAUAUAAUCUUAAAUCAUAUUUAGAUAGGAUAAGUUGUUGAAGCAUUAUAAACCAUGCCUAAUCUAAUUCAACUUGAAAUUAGUCUAUCUUCCAAAGAAGAAGAAUAAUUUAUUAUUGAAUCUCUUCCAAAUCUAUAAAUUUUGAAUUCUUAAAAAAUAAACUAAGAUUAACAACAAAUUGAUGAAAGUUCAGAAUAAUAAACUAUACAAUAAUCAGAGAUAUCUAUGAGUGCUCAGUAAGAAAUUACACUUUAAUAAUAUGAUUUAGAAUAGAUGGCAGUAAUUUAUUAUUCAUUUUUUAGAUUCUAUAUGAUAAUAUAAGGGAAUACAAAAAAGAUGACCAAGAAGAUAAACUUUUUGAUUAAUAAAUAAGAACAAUUAUGUUAGAUUUAUAAUCUAAAGUUAAGUAAAAUAACCCAGAUCAUUUAACAAAUUUAUAUAUCUUAACAGUAAAAAUAUAAAUUUAAUAAUUUAGGCUAAAUAUAAUUUAUAUGAAAUUUGCUUUAAGUCUAUUCUCAAACAUUUCAAAUAAAAUAAUAAAUAAUUAGAUUUUAUCUUUACAAAAAUUCAUGAUAUACAUUUGUCAAUUUUUAAUGAUUUAAGCAAUGUAGUAUAGAAUGUCAAAUCAACUUCUAAAAAUACUUCAUAAUUAUAAUUAAAUUAAAAAUAAUUGGAUUUAUCAUAAUAAUAACCUGAAAAAGGAGUUAUAAAUAGACUUCGAUAAGAAUUAGUAGAACUUUAAUAAAUAAAUAAUGAAUUAGAAAAAGAAAAUAAAAGAUAUCUAGAUUUAUUGAUAAAACAUUCUCAAGGAGAAAAAGAGUCUAAGAUUAAUGAUGAAAAUAAUUAAAAAUAAACUGAUUCUUAUUAGACAUAACAUUACACUAAAAAUUUGUCAUCAUAAAAUAUUUAAUAAAACAAUAAUCAAAUAUUUUAAUCAAAAUAAUCAUAGUAUUCGAAUUCUAUGCCACAACAAGUAAAUAUAAGGAAUUUAACACUAAAAUAACUAAAAGAUGUUGUAAAUGAAAUUUAUGAAAGCAAACAAAAAUUUGAUUAAAAAUGUUCUGAUUCUAAAUUGCCAAGAGAAACCAUGGAAUAACAUAUGUAUACAUUUUUAAAUCAAAAAUAUGGACUUAAAAAUCUCAUAAUUGAAUGGGCAAUUUCAAUAAUAAAUUCUGUAAAAAAAUAUGCUACUGAAGAUAAUGAUAUUGCUGUGUUUGGAAAGAUUUUAAAAAAUGAAUGUGAUGAAGAAUUUAGAUUUGUCUAAACUCAAGUAAAAAAUACAAUGUAAGAAUUAUUAAAAGUAACUAUUAUUUUUAUUUAGAUGUAUCUAAGAGGUAAACAUCCAUUGAAACACUAAGCUGAAAUUAAAGAAAUGCUUAAUUAAAGAAUUAAUGGUUAAUUAUAUGAAGAAGAGGCAGUUGACAUUAUUAAAUAUAUGUAUAAUUAAGAAGAUUCAGAAUUAUUACUUGAAAAAUUGAAACAAUAUUAUAUUGUUCCACAAAAAACAAAUGAUCGAAGACUUACAAGAGAAGAACAAUUAAUGAUUUUAUAGGAAAAGGAUAAAUAUAAAUUAGAUUAUUAGGUUUUUCAAAAAAUUAUAUUGGACUUUUAACUUAAGUCUCAUGAAAAGUAUUUAAAAAAAUUUAUUGUUAUUUUCAAAUAAAUGGAUACUGAUCUUAAUGGAAUAAUUGAUGAAGUAAGAUUUUUUUAUUAUUUAGAAUGAAUUCAGAAAUUUAAUAGAUGUAUUAAAUUUUGAUGCUGGAGAUCUUGAGAUACAAAAAUAUUUGAAUAUUGUUGAUCCUUAUAGUCAUUAAUAAAUAACAUUUUCAUAAUGUGUUACGCUUUUUUCAUCUGAAUCUGUUCCUGGAUCGAAUGGAUAAAUGUAAAUACUCUAAAGAAUUUCGGAAUAAUGA